AAUAAUUAUGUUUUUAGAUAUUUGGCAACCGGAUGUACAUUCGCUGAACUACAUUACACAUUUCGAAUUGGUGCGAGUACAAUAGCUGAAUUUGUUCGUGAAGUAUGUUCGGCAAUAUGGUUACUGUUAAAAGAAUCUUGUUUACCGAAGCCAUCUCAACAAAGAUGGCUAGAUAUUGCAAAGGGUUUCUCUACAAGAGCUAAUUUUCCGAAUUGCAUUGGGGCUAUAGAUGGGAAACACAUACGGGUAAUAAAGCCGUGCCAUAGUGGAUCCAUGUACUACAAUUAUAAGCAGUUCUUUUCCAUUAUACUUAUGGCUAUAUGCGACAGUAACUACAAAUUCAUAACAAUAGAUGUCGGUGCUUGUGGCAAAUUUGGAGACUCAGCAGUUUAUCAACACUCUAACUUUUACAAAAAAAUAGUUAGAGCACGGCGAUAUGUCGAAUGUUCGUUUGGAAUACUGAGCAAUAAGUGGCGUAUAUUCCAUAGACCUUUAAAUGUGGAUAUUAGUUUGGCUACUGAUAUCAUCAAAGCAUGUUGCAUUUUGCAUAACUACGUUCGAGACAGAGACGGUUAUAACUAUGAAGAUACUUUAACAUGUUACAUGUCGCCUGAUGUACCAGAAACUCCGAGAACAUAUAAUCGAAUAGGUAAUAAUAUCGCUGAAAGAAUUCGUGACUCUUUCGCUCAGUAUUUUGAACAUGAAGGUAAAUUGGAAUGGCAAGAAAAAUAUAUAUAAGUAAAUAUAAUGGCAUUAAUCCGCAAAAUCGCAGGAAAUUGCGAAUAAAAAGUAGGUAUGAUGAUUGUAACAUUGUAACCAUGAUUAAUAAAUAACGUAACUUACCGA